GACAUGGCGGUGGAGAAAGUUGAGCUGUGUGUUGAUCAGCAGAGUUGCGAACAAAACAUGGCGAUCGUUCAAGUACUUUCUCAUAGCCAACGCCAAGCAGAACGCCGGCGAUGUUGUUCUUCGCAGCGAAGACGAAAACAAACGGCAGCUGGGCGGUGGCGAUGAGCCCGUAUCGACCAAAGUCGGUAAACGGCCCCGUUGACCUAUAGAUGGCAGCGUAGAGCACGACAUCCAGCCAGCAUGCGCAAACGAUGAGCUGCCCAAUUGAAAAGCCGGAGAUGACGCGAGAAUGCAGCACUGAGACGACACUGCGGAGAAAGAAUGGCGUUCCUGGGAUGUGAGGAGGGGGAGUGUCGAACUGCGGGCCAGAGCGCGCAAGGUACUGGAAGGCUUGGUCGUCCUUGGCGCUUCCACCAGCGUAAACUUCGUCCGGAACACCGGGAAAGACGACUGGGCCGCCCUUUCUAGAAGCGGAAUAGCCAAGGAAAUGGCCCUGCGUCCAUUCAGAAGCGCGCCAGAAACGAGCGAAGGCACGGGGAAGACGGAACAGUGCGACCAGCACGAUAAGAACAGACAGGACGAUGGUGACAUGGAAUACCAGCAUCCCCACGUCCAACGGAUGAACAGCUGCAGCUCCGCCUGCGGUUUGGGUCAAAUUCAUCUCCGUGUCGAAGGUUCAAGCGGCAGAACGGAAAGAAAGAGAAAGAGAACAAACGAUCAGAGUACAGUGUCCUCAGCUUCCGUUUUUAAAAGCGGGACCGUCUGUGCUUAGUCGUCCAGGGGACGUUUUUAGACAUCACGCAGUUCGUACGAGAUAGUUCACGAGUGGACGGAAAUAAGAGAUCAAAAAGUGGGGUUGCGAGGUUCUUGAACCGGGUGAAUGUUCCAGAACGAGCUUCACCACAUAAAUUUGCGGGGCGCGGAUAGGCAAAAGCAUAGCAAGCAAACAGGUCUUGUGUGCGCGUCAACGAGCGACAGGAGACACAGAAAGAGAGACCGACAACUUGCUGGGAGCUGCAGAUUGCUUCGAGCGCCUCGGAGGAACGUCGGUUCGUGGCGUGAGACUGCACAGUGGCGGAGAAUUGGCCUCGGAAGCAGCCUUCCGGAACCAAAUCGAGGGGGGAAUAAUGUGACCUACAGGUACAAUGAAGGGCUGGGUCGGAAGAAGCCGAGGCGUGCGGUUGGGAUAGUUACAAAACGCUGGGACGGUCAGGAGCCGUAAGGCCUCGGUUUCAGUGAACCGGGCAUACAUAAAGCGCCAGGAGCGGAAGCACUGUCUAAGUAGCAACCGGCCCCAUUCCAGAUUGGAGCUAAACCUCAAAAGGAAAGAGGAGUGCCUCGAGGUUCAGGAUUUCGUUGAGCUUGAUCCGUUCCUCCUCCACGUUUUUUACUCGAGGACGUGCGAUUGACCGUCCAGCUCUGGCGCCUCGCUCUUUUGUAUCCCAGCCAACGCCUGUCAUUUCUCCGAUCCAAUGGUCAACUCCACCCUCGCCGCUCCAGCUAGCGCCGUCGCCGCCGCAUCCUUUUCAACCAAUGCUUCAGGCUUCGUCUACCAUGUCGACAUCUUUCUCAUGGCCGUUGCGGCGACUGUCUUGCUGUAUCGGUUGCCCCGUGCUGCUGCUCGAUUCUGGCGCUACUCUGAAUGGUCAACGGGACACUGGCUCCACUAUGUACAACCGAAACCCUCCCCCAAGGUCGUGAUGUCGUCGCGCGGUGCUAUCGUGUCGCCCAAGGAGCUGGAUUCGGAACUCUCUCACAGCGCAGUCAUGCGCUCGAGGCAUGCGAGGCGUGUUGAUGCCGACGGCGCGCCGAUCCGUGUCGAGUACCCCCCUCAUGUCCCCAAUGUCCCUGCACUUUUACGACCCCUCACUGCUCCGUUGAGCAUCCGUAUAUCCCCUGGCUUCACUGUGGCUCGGGUUGUUGUAUUGUUACUGUACACUUCUAUCCUGGUUUAUCCGUUAUCGGUUGCCACGGCUGGCCCAUUUGUUGACCUCGAACGCGCUGGAUGGAUUGCUAUCUCCCAAUUGCCGCUGGUCAUACUUUUUGCUUCCAAGAACAACGUCCUAGCGAUGUUGUUGGGGACGAGCUACGAGAGGCUCAACUUCUUCCACCGAUUUGCUGCCCGGCUUUUCGUCCUGGGUUGUAACGCCCAUGGACUGGGCCACAUCUUUGUUUGGGCGCAGGCGGGCGAUUUCCAGGCGAAAAUCAAGAUUCCUUCAUUCACGUAUGGGACGGCUGGCCUGGUCGCGGUGAACGUGAUGUACGUCUUCUCGACGUCGUUCUUCCGCUCCAAAUACUAUCGCUUCUUCCUCUCCACCCACGUCAUCUGCUUCGCGGUCCUAUUCCCGAUGCUCUGGUUCCAUUAUGCCGCGCUCCACGCCUACAUUCUGAUUGCGCUUGGAUUCUAUGCACUCGAUCACGUGCUUCGCCUCGUCAAGACCCGGAUGUAUAACGCCAUCCUCCGGCCGCUGACUGACAUGGGCGUGACACGUGUCGAGGUUCCUCAGGCGACAGCUGGAUGGCGUCCUGGACAGCAUGUGCGACUCCGGGUUUUGAGCAGCUCGAUGGGCAUCACAGGCUGGACCGAAAGCCAUCCGUUCACUAUUGCUGGCGUCGCCGGCACGAAUGAGGGGCUGGUCCUGAUGAUCAAGAAAAGCGGAAAAUGGACGACGCGCUUGUUCGACUUUGCCAAAAGCGGUGGCUAUCUCGAGGCAGGGAUCGGCCGCAAUGUUUCUGUCAUCGUUGAAGGGCCGUAUGGUGGCCCUGGCCAUGCCAUGUGGAACAGCUACUCAUCGACCAUCUUCGUCGCCGGGGGAUCGGGCAUCUCCUUCGCAUUGUCGGGGAUCCAAGACUUGAUUCAGAAGGAUCUUCACGGGCAAUCACGCGUUCGGCUCAUUGAACUCAUCUGGGUCGUUCAGGAUCCGACCACGCUGCUUCCGCUAUACCAACAAUUCAAUGCCAUGAUUGAUCAAUCUGUGUUCACCCGCCUGCGCAUAUCUGUCUUCUAUACGCGUGCGCCCGUCGGCAAAUUCCCGUUCGCGGAAUCUGCGUUCCCGACCACGAAUCUCUCCCUCAGUCCCGGUCGGCCGCGUCUUGUGACCAUGCUGGAGAACAGCAUCGGGCGCACAGUCAAGCUAGGGGCAGGGAGCAAGGAUGAUCAGCCUCUCUCCGGGAUGCUUGUUGCUGUCUGCGGGCCGUGCAGUCUUGCUGAUAGCGUUUCCGAAGCCAUCUCUCAAAUCGAACCUCUCCGGCGAGAUCAGGUCGGGGGUCUGGAGAUCCAUGAAGAAGUUUUCGGACUGUAGACCUGUUUCGACGCAAGUCCCUACUGACUUAUGUAUUCAAUAUGUACCAUCCGUGACUGGAGCACGCUGGCCCCAGUGGUAAUCGCAUCUCGAGCCAGCUCGCAUGUAGAUACAACCGUUUGUAACUUCCGACCAAAGAUAAAACAAGUCGCUCUCGGAACAA